AUGCAGCAGCGCCAAGGUGCGGUGCGGUGCUACUGGGCCCUCCUCGCGCCGCAGUACACGAGCGCACCGGGUACGCACCCCAGCUCGUCGUCGUCGUCGCAAGCGGCCGCGGCCCCGGCCCACCAGUCGCUCGAACUCCAGUUUGUCUCCCUCGACCCCGUCCUCAGCGCACACCUCGCACGGCAGGGAGCACAGAUGGUCAACCGCGACGUCAUGCAGUUUAUCCACCCGGUAGAACGCGAGCAGGCCCGUGGCGACCUGUACAAUGCGAUUCAGAGCGACGACUUGCAAGGAAGUGUGACGAGGUUGCGGUUUGCGCGUGUGUCGCGAAUCAAGGCCCUCCUCGGCUGUCCACCGCAGGACAACCCCGUGCCAAAUGAGGACUUGCUUGCCGUGUGCGAGGACGACGAUUAUGUGAUCAUCGACCUGGUGCUGAACUGGGCUGCCGAUGGUCUGCUUCUCGCCUUCUUCCACGCAAUCAAGGACAAGGACUCUGUGGCGAACAAUGACCCAGGUCGGCGACAAGAAGGAUGGUCCAACUACUGCGGCUCGGAGACCAUGUUGCCAGAGCACACUCAAGCAGUGCAGAGCUCCAUCUCUGCGGCCCUCACCCUCCCUCCCCGCACGCGCCACCCUCCAACACGCAUCUUCCAGCUCUACUCGUCCUCUGCUUCUCAAUACCCACAGCAGCUGCUGCUCACAUGGCCUCCGCCUCGCCCACCAAACUCGACCGGCAUGUUUGACGGUCUGUACGAUGCAGACGAGUAUGCCGACCUGAUGCGCCAUGUGGACAUGGACCCAAGCCAGCUGGCCGCCAAGCCUGGCGAGGUGCGCACCAACUGCACCACACGGUUUGGCGCCGAGCACUCGAUCCGCACCGAGGGAGUGUACCGCCACGUCACGAGCGUGUUCAUCCCCUACGGCGGGGUCAUCUUUGCGUGCUUCCAGACGACCAAGGUGUACGACUUGCCAACAAUAAACAGCACGGCCGUGACGACGCAGCAGCAGCCCACGUCGGCGGCGCCACCAUCAGCAUCGAGCGAGCCGUGGCCAACAUCCCCAGUCGUACCCGGCGGUCCCGGCGGCGGCGUCCAAGGCCGCGGGGGCGAGUGGCCGCAGCGCGGCACCGGUGGUCCUGGAAGCGACUACGAGUACGCCCAGCCCCACUACCCGCAGGACGCCUACCGCCCUCACUCGGGGUACGCGGGCUACGACCAGGCGCAGCAGCCCUUCCACGCGCGCCUCGCAAGCAGCGAGAACACGCCCACACCACCGCGCGGCGCUCCUGGUGGUGUUCCCGGUGUCCCCGGCGCUGGCGGCGGGGGAGGUGUAGGCGUAGUCGUCGGCGUAGGCGGAGGAGGCGGCGGCGGCUCGACGCGCCCGCUCGUCCGUCCGCCCGGCGACGUCGAAAAGUGUCGCGGAUGCGGCACGCGCGAGAGCCCCGAGUGGCGCAAGGGCGAGAACGGCGUCAAGGACCUGUGUAAUGCCUGCGGCCUCAAGCUGGCGCGUGCCGUCGCCAAGCGCGAGGGCAGGCAGAAGCCGAGGAAAAAGGACAAGGUGUAG